AAUACAAAACGUUUCUGAAAGGCCAAAGCCAAAAUCAAGUUAGACGCCCCGUUCGCAAUUUUCCCUUUUUUUCUUCAAUAAAAUCUGUGUCUCUGUCUCUGCUGGCUUUGAAUUGCGACGGGGUGUUUAGGUUUCAAUUCUAUCAAACUUCAGAAAUUGAUUCAAUUUCGGUUUCAGAGACAUUAGAUGAGGGAUUAGUGUAAUAAAUCGUGAAGAAAAAUCAGAUCUUUGAGUUAGCGAAAACAAAUUGGGCAGAGAAGGAAGACCAAAAAUGGAGAAUAUGAUGAGCAAGCUUCGGAAUUUGGACGCCUACCCCAAAAUCAAUGAAGAUUUCUACAGUCGCACGCUCUCUGGUGGCGUCAUCACUCUCGCCUCCUCCAUUGUCAUGCUUUUUUUUUUUUUUUUUUGGGGGUUAUAUCUUCAUGCGGUAACGGAAACAAAGCUUGUGGUAGAUACUUCAAGAGGAGAAACACUACGUAUCAAUUUUGAUGUAACCUUUUCUGCCCUUCCUUGUUCUAUACUAAGUCUUGAUGCCAUGGACAUCAGUGGCGAGCAGCAUUUGGAUGUAAAGCAUGACAUAAUCAAAAAAAGAUUAGACUCCCAUGGAAAUGCUAUAGAAUCAAGGCCAGAUGGAAUUGGUGCACCCAAGAUUGAGAAGCCCUUACAGAGACAUGGUGGCAGGCUUGAGCACAACGAGACAUACUGUGGUUCCUGUUAUGGUGCAGAAGCGGCUGAUGAGGAUUGUUGUAAUUCCUGUGAAGACGUCCGUGAAGCUUACCGAAAGAAAGGUUGGGCAAUUUCAAAUCCAGAUGUGAUUGACCAGUGCAAAAGAGAAGGUUUUUUGCAAAGAAUUAAAGAUGAAGAAGGUGAAGGAUGCAAUAUAUAUGGAUUCUUAGAAGUCAACAAGGUAGCUGGGAACUUCCAUUUUGCACCUGGGAAAAGCUUUCAACAAUCAAAUGUUCAUGUACAUGAUCUGCUGGCAUUUCAAAAGGAUAGUUUCAAUAUUAGUCACAAGAUCAACAGAUUGUCUUUUGGAGACUAUUUCCCUGGUGUUGUAAAUCCUCUUGAUGGCGUGCACUGGGCACAAGCAACACCAAGUGGGAUGUAUCAAUAUUUUAUCAAGGUUGUACCUACUGUGUAUACAGACGUGAGUGGACACACUAUCCAAUCAAAUCAGUUCUCUGUGACUGAACAUUUUAGGGGUACAGAAGUAGGCAACCUUCAGUACCUUCCUGGAGUUUUUUUCUUCUACGAUCUUUCUCCAAUAAAGGUAACUUUCACAGAGGAGCAUAUUUCAUUCUUGCACUUCCUGACAAACGUUUGUGCCAUAGUAGGAGGGGUUUUUACUGUUUCUGGGAUAUUAGAUUCAUUCAUAUACCAUGGUCAGAAGGCAAUCAAGAAGAAGAUGGAAAUUGGCAAAUUUAGUUGAGUGGUUCCAUUGGCAUCAUAGUUGCUGCUCUAUUUGUUGGUCUGCCAGUCAAUGGCUUUGGGGACAAAAUCAAAUCUAGGGAAGAGGAAGCAUGUAAUGCGCUCAUCAUGUGGUUGGGCAGGGCAUCGUUUAACCAGAGACUAAAGUUUUGUGAUGAAUGGCUUGAUCAAGUGAAUUAGGUUGAAAUUCCUUAAUUUAGACAUGCCAAGUGCCAAAAUGUUGAAACAGUUUUGUAAUAGCCAUCUUGAUGUGCAUAACUGCUUGAAAGAUUAAAAAAGGGCUUUUCCAUUUCUUGCGGGAUCUCAUUGGAAAAUCAGAAACUCUCCCUCCCUACCCCUCCCUAAUUACUCUUUUUUUUUUAUAAAAAAUUUCUUUUUUCACAUUGGAUGAAA